GAAACGUCACUUCCGGUGAUUUCCGUUUGGUUCAGGCGCGCUAAUUGAACGCGUAAAGGAAGCCCUCCAGAUGACUUCUGUAACAAAAACAAUAGAACAGAACUAACAUUAAUUAAUAGAUGCCGGUUAAACAUGCUGGUUAGCGUUACUGGGGUCUGACACAUUUCACUCGGUGGAUGAUCGGAGGCCAGAUAGCAUUUAAAACUAUCAAAGCUAGGUUAGCUUCUCCAGGUAACAAACAUUAGCUGGUGUGUUUUAGUGUCUUAACGAUUGCCAAUUUACAGCUAAACUAGGUUGACAUUAUUGAUUGGACAAGCAAUGGACCGACCACCGAGGAAGACGAAGGUUGUGAAUUACUCUGAAGCAAAAGACUUUGACGAUGAUGAGGAUUUUGCCUUCGUGAAGGCUCCGCCCAGCAAACGGGCCAGGGAAGACGUGAAACAGGAGCACAAGAAAUCAUCAAGCACGUCAUCCCAUCAGGAGUCCAACUCACAAUCUGCGAUGAGCCAGAAGAGCAGAAAACCAUUAGACGAGAAGGUGCACAAAAGAGAUCUCGAGGCAGCCAUUACACUAUCCUUGCUAAAUAAUGGAGGUGGAAUAAAGGACCAGCCAUCAGCCCAUAAAGAUGUCAAGAGUCCAGUUCCAGUCGAUGAAAACACGGAUCCAACUUCAGCUCACCUGUCCAACUGCAGUGUGGAUUUGACAGUUUGGGGCCUGGAUACGAUCACAUCAGAAAAAGAGUCAACUUGCCAUUCCAGACAAAGAAAAUCUGCCACCAGAGCCCCUGAGGAGCAGAAUAGAAAGCCUGCAGACGACGACGAUGAUGAAGACUACGAGCCCAAACUGACACCAGACUCGGAAAGUGACGACGAUUUCAAUGAACCGGAUGAGAGUGAGGAUGAGGAAUUCACAGAGAAGAAAUUCAGCAAAACCAAAAAGGAGAAAGUUACCAAGAACGAGAAGACCAAACCACCUCCUGCCUUUAAAGAAGAAAAGCCACCCUCAAAAACCCCAAAGUCUAAAACCCAGGCAGUUGCAGCUUCCACACCGGUGAGAAGUCCUCCAUCGGCCAAACUUGCUCCCAAAAAACCCGCCUCAUCGUCCACAGCUUCCCCCCCCCUGUUAUCUCUGAGCCCAGCGGGGGGCGGCAGGAUACCCAAGUGGAACCCACCAGCUCAAGUCGGACGGAGUCCGUCUUCCUCCAGUCCAGCAUCGAAGUCUCCGGGUCAGGGUCUGCGCCUCGGUCUGUCCCGCCGGGUUCGCGUCAAACCUCUUCACCCCAGCGUUUCCAGUCACUGACCCGUCUGUCAAUGCCCCCCCCCCCACACACAAUCCGUCUGUCAAUUUGUGUUGUACUUUUAGCUUUUUAUAUUUGGAGAAAAAAAAAGUUUGUAAAUAUUCAAAUCAUAUAAAGUAAGUAAAGGGAUGUUAGUAUUUUCUCCUGAUUCUCAGCAUCGGGCACAUUAAGUCACUGUACGUUGUGAAAAGGUGAUGCAGCUUAUGUGUCAUUGUCACUCAAUAAAAGUACAGUAAUUGUGUGCGUAGAUAUUCCAAUUGGAGUUUACAAAACUAGCAAUAAAACCUCUUUUUCCAACUGUGUGCAAAACGCUGUAUAUUGUGUACAUAUAUAUUAAAUAAAAUGAAGUUUAAUUCUGUAUGCUGAGGUAUUACAUCCAUUUACAAUCAUUGCAGUUGUGACUGUAGCAACUAUGCUUUAUUAAAAUACAAUGUUUGUCUUACAUUUUUCAAAUUCAUUACUGACUUUCAUUUUGUACGUAGCAAACCAAAAGCUUACAAACGUGGUCAGAGGAGCUGCUGUGCUCGUUUUUUGGACUUUCCUCUAUUUAAGAGCAGCAGGACAGAAAGGAUUUGGAAGUCUAAUCAGUUUCAUUAUUUCACAAUGUAGCGAAAAUAUUUGUCUUAUAGUGUGUUGUUUGUAACAGAAUGAAAUUGAAAAAGAGCAUUAAAGCUGUUCAUUGGG